AUGAAACUUUACCAGGAAGUCAUCCACGCACCCGAUUCGGAGCUCUCCUUCGCGGCGGAACUGUACGACAUCUUCCUCGGCAAAUACACUCAUCUCGGGGAUGGCCGUACUGAACUCAUCGAGGCUGUAAGAGUGGAUUUGACGAGAAACCUACCGGCCAUCCUACAACCUAUUCAGGAGGAGGUUAAAUUCGCCAUGAAGCAAAUGUUCGGGGAGCUGGAGGAUUGGAAAUCGUUCAACGCAUAUCACGUGGUCCUUCGUAUGGUUGCACUGAUGAGCAGCCGCGUGUUCGUCGGACUCCCUUUAAGCCGCGAUGAGGAAUGGAUAAAGGCCUCCAUCACAUUUGCGACAGACGUCGGGAAAUGCAGGAUGGCUGCGUUGGCAUGGAACCCAUGGAUCCGGCCCUGGGUGCUUCCCUUCCUUCCGGAGGUGCGACACAUGCGCCGAGCGCUUCAAAAGGCCAACGACUGGAUGAGGCCACUUGUGAAUGAAGUGCUCCAGAACGAAAGUGCCCUUGAGGAGAAGCCGGCGAAACCUGGUGCUCCUGGGGCAUUUGUGUCCUGGGUGAUGAAGUACCUCCCCGCUAAGGAUAGGACUUCUGAGAACAUGGGAACGAACCAGAUGUUGUUGUCCUUUGCUGCUAUUCACACCACGUCUACCACGACUACCUUUGCUCUUUAUGACCUCUUAAGUCGCCCCAAUUAUAUCGACCCUCUCCGGGAGGAGAUUAAGCAGGUGAUGGCUGAAGACGACGCAGAGAGAGACGAGAACGGGGAGCUCUUUCUAUCCAAGAGCUCGUUCAGCAAACUCAAGAAGUUGGAUAGCUUCAUCAAAGAAAGCCAGCGGACGAGCCCGAUGAACUUUGGCGGCACAGCACGAAGACUUCGAAAAGACCAGACCUUCUCCAACGGGUUGAAAUUGCCGGCUGGAACUGCCAUCUCGUUCCCUUUGUGGGGCGUCUAUAACUCUUCUUCAACAAAAGCUUUCAGCACCGAGUACAACACAGGCACUGGCAACGCACCACCGACCGAGUUCGAUGGUUUCCGCUUUGCCCGCCUUCGAGAGCAACCCGGUCGCGAAAUGAAGCACCAGGCGGCAGCUACCGGACCUGACGCCUUUAACUUUGGACAUGGGCCGCACGCAUGCCCCGGCCGCUUCUUCGCGGUUUAUAUCAUCAAGUGCAUCUUUAUCGAGUUUCUUCUCAACUACGAUAUCCGGCUUAAAGGCAGUGAUGGCAAGAAUCCGAGUCUGAGACCACCAAACCUGAUCAAGCAGAUGAUUGUCAUGCCGGACUUCAGUCGUGAGGUGGAAGUCAAAAAGCGGGCCGAGCUUUGA